AAUAUUAAAUAAAUUGUACGCUGAAGAUACAAACAAUUUUUAUUUGAUAUUUAAUAUUGUUCAUUUUAGUUGCUAUGAUAGUACAAAUUAAAAAAAAUACACCGGUAAAACAAUAUACAAUUUGGAAUUAAAGUGGUGUCCUCUAUCGAAGUUUUGUUCGUACUAAGGUUACAUUUCUCUCUUGCGGGUAACUGGGAGUUGGACUGAUCAAGCAUACGAAUUAAUUGCUUGCCUUGUUCGUGAGAAAAAGCAUAGUGAAUUAAAAUAUAAUAAACUGUAAAAAGAUAGAAAUAGUGAAGAAAUAAAGAAGGAAUGUGUAUCGGAAGUGUGGUUAGAAACGCGUUCUUUCAACCGCGCAUGUCGCCACCUAUUGUUGAUCUGACAGGAUCUUGUGUAGUUACGGUGAAAGCGAUUGGAUCGUCUGUACGUUUCGUGAGAAAUUAAAAAGCGAUUAAUCAGCAUCUGGAUCGUAUGAAUCUCAUUGAAAUUUGAACGCGAUAGACUUGGUCAAACCAUAGAUCACUCUAAAUAAGGAAGAAGAAAAUUUUAUCAAAGAUCUCAUCUACUUUUCGAGUAGAUGUGUUCGAGGCCAGACAUGGCGGCGAUUUGAUGAACCAAUUGGAACAGCGCUCUCUUAAGGAAUCAGAUAUUGUAAAUUCCCCUUAUAUUCGCUUCAGUGAAUGAUUCUGUACUUAUUUUUGUCGUUAUCGAUAGUAAAACGGGUUCUUAUUGAUACGGGGAAGUGAUCGUAGCUGGUCAAUCGAAAAAUAGAAGCCACGCAAGAUCGUAUCGAAACGUUAAUCAUGAAAGGAUUGUGUUUGGUCACGUGACCAUAGCCGAAAAAUGGCGCAAAGAUCAGAGUACAAACAUGGGUUCCAUUUCAUUGCUACGGUGUCAUUUGUAUUUGUUUACAAGCGCGCGUUUUCACAAACCACGUGUUAAGUAAGUGCCAUUUUUUUGACAGUCCGUGACGAACAAUGACGGGGAGAGGGUCGAAGAGACGGGGCCGACCUCCGAAAUCGGUGGUCAUGGAAAGGCCCAAAAAGUUUCAAUACCAUCUUAUGAAAAAGCCCAAGUAUUUGCAAAACAAGGGUUCGGAAACGCCAAAUUCACAGCCAAGUACACCAACCCCCUCAAGACCGUCAUCACCAGUCGAAAGCGAAGAAAGCAGACGAAGUACAAGAACAAGAAAAUCUCGAGGACCCAGAGACAGACAUUCGCGUAAAGGUGGUCACUCGAGUUCUGGUGUAUAUCAACGCCGAGGUUACAAUCCGAAUGUUGACUAUAACGAUUCCGAAUAUCAUUAUGGGUCGGAUUUUGGUGAUGAAUCCAGUGAAAAGAGCGAAGUUGAGGAGGAUCUUCUGCAAAGUGAUGUAGAUUCAUCUGAAAGUAUAGAAGAACCUGAUCCCUCCAGUGACAGUGACUUUUCUCUAUCAAGUUAUAGUAACACUAGUGGCACACCCCGUAAAACACUUCUUAGCCAGCAAAGACCGCCAAGUCCAGAACCGCUGUGGCUUCAAAACAGAGAACUACCAUCAUUGAUUUUACCUAAAUCUUCAGAUGAUUUAUUAGUUCCUAGAGAACUUGUUAUGCCAUCUUUAUCUGUUUAUGAAGUAUUAAGACACUUCCGUACUUUGGUGCGUCUUUCAGCCUUCAGGUUUGAAGACUUUUGUGCUGCUCUAAUGUGCGAAGAUCAAACCAAUUUAUUAGCUGAAAUACAUAUUAUGCUUAUUAAGGCUCUUCUUAGAGAAGAGGAUUCUCAACAAACGCAUUUUGGUCCUCUUGAUCAAAAAGACUCUGUAAAUGUUAGUUUAUAUUUUGUCGAUUCUAUGACUUGGCCAGAAGUGUUACGUUCUUAUGUAGAAAGUGACAAGUCUUUUGAUCAAAAUAUUUUACAUAUUUUGUCAACAUGUGAAUAUCCCUUUACUUCUAUCGAAGAUAGAAUCAAGGUGCUACAAUUUUUGACCGAUCAAUUUUUAAUCACAAACCCAGUAAGAGAAGACUUGCUGCAUGAAGGUACACUAAAUGGGAAUAUGCAUUAUGAUGAUCACUGUAGAGUGUGUCAUCGUUUGGGAGAUCUAUUGUGUUGCGAAACUUGUCCAGCUGUAUUUCACUUAGAAUGUGUUGAACCUCCAUUGGUUGAUGUUCCUACAGAAGACUGGCAAUGUAGUACAUGUAAAGCCCAUAAAGUUACAGGAGUUGCAGAUUGCAUUCCUGAUGUUGAAAAGAAUGGUUCAUUGUGUCGUCAAGAACAUCUAGGGUUUGACAGACAUGGCAGGAAAUACUGGUUUCUUGCAAGAAGAGUUUUUGUCGAAAGUGAAGAUGGUGAAGUUUGGUAUUAUAGUACGCCUAUGCAACUAGACGAGUUAUUGCGCUGUUUAGACCGUAACGAGAUGGAAGUUGCGCUUUAUAGAGAAUUAUCAGAUUAUAAAGAUGAAAUUGUACGACAAAUGGAACUUACAGAACAAAUUACUAAUCAGUACAAGGGCAAUAAGAAAUCAUAUAUAGAAAUAGAAAACAAUCUUAUACAAAAAUUGCAAAAAGAACGACAAGAGAAACAGGAAAAGGAAGAAGAGGAGAAAAAGGAAAAACAGAGGCAAGAAGCUGAAGAAAUGGUACGUCGUAUACACGAGGGUACAGAUUCUAUCGAGGAACAGUUGGCAACUGUUACAGAUCAGCAGGAAACAAAACCAUCUGAAGAAUCUAGUUCUAGAGAAAAUGCUUCUGAAGUAGUUGGAGAAAACGUAGAAGUAGAUGGUGUAGAUACCAAUAUGACAGAUGUAGCAAAUAAAGGUGCCAAAACUGCUACAUCAUCAUCAUCCGAAGAAAUUGAUGAAGAAGUACUAGAAGGAGAAGAGGCUAUAUCAAAAAUUGGUAAAGAUGGGAAAAAACACACAAUUGUAACAAGAUCUAAAACAGGGUCUUUGCAGCCUAGAACGUUUAAUAUGGAUGAUCUAAAGAAACGCAAUAGUGGACAACUAUCCAAAGAAGAACUAGAAAAACUAGAUAAAAGUUUAAAGGAAGAAGGGGACGGUACUAGAUUAACGAGACAGAAAGCUCAUCAGAUAGCUUCUGGCACUCAUCUCUUUAAAUUAGGAAUGGAUAAUACUUACAAAUCAUAUGUGAAUCAAUACAGUACUAACGCUAUUGCUUUGAACAAGGCUCAGCGUAACGAAGAACGCGACAAAAAGAGGCAUUUAUCACAUAAAUUUUCACUUACACAAGCUUCUGAAUUCAAAUGGGUAGGAAGCCUGACAGGAACUCGUGCUCUUUUAGUGAGCACCCUUCGUCAAACGAUUCUUCAACUUGAGAGUAGUAUUCAAGCAUCGUUUAUGCAUACCAAUUGGCCCCUUUUACGUAAACCUUGGACUACGGCAGUAGGUGCUUGUGUUAAUCCUAGAGAUUUUGCCCGUGCUCUUAUUGUAUUACAAGCAUGCAUUAAGUCGGUAGUAUUUGCCAGCGUGUGGCACGAUCAGCUCGGGCACGUGAAGUUGCAACGAGUGACAGCUCUCGAGCGAGAAGAGAAGAAACGGCAGGAUAAGAAGGAUAAAAAGGAGAGAGAAGAUGAAGAAGAACGUAAUCGUUUGUUCAACUUCGUUAAAUACACGUUGGGCUUGAAACAUCAAGUCUGGAAACAGAAAGGCGAAGAAUACCGAGUACACGGCCAAGGUGGUUGGUUGUGGGUGUCUGCUAGCCGUCGGCAUAGGUCUUCCGACAUGUCAAAAUUAGGUCUUCGAACAGGGCCUCAGAAAGUGAUGGUACAAAUAAAAGAUCAAGAUGGAUUAAAAAUAUUAGCUCUAGAUCCUCCUACUUAUGAAUUCUUAAUGAAAGAAUACUGUCCAUCUAAGAAGGAAGAAUACAAAACGGAUAUUAAGAUCAAGCAAGAGAUUAAAGAAGAAGAACCGCCGAAAGAUGGGGAUACAUCAGUGACCCAAGAGUGUAAAGUAGAAAACAUCAAAACUGAACCAAUGGAUACUGAAAAUCACUCGGAAGUGACUACAAAAACAGAGGAAGCAGCGACGAAAACAGAAUCACAACCAAUUAAACAAGAAACCAAAAUGAACUUAUCGUUUUUAGCUGGUAUGAAAAUUGAAAAAGUCUUUACACCGAUCAAAGAAUUUGAAGAAAUCGACAUUACUAAAGCAUUGACUACCAGUGGGAGGCUUCAUUAUCCAAAAAUUGGUAAAAAGACAAGAAUUGAUGAUUUUCUUGCGCGUAGAACACACUUAAAGCUUUUGGAAGAAAGAAAAUUAUUGCAAUCUGAAAAAUCAAAAGAAGCAUCGAAUCAAUCGGUAAAUCAAAAAGGUGAUGGAGAUUCGGAAGUUGAUAUAGAAAAUAAUGAAGAAAGUGAUACAGAUGGGGGAGAUAAUCCUCUACAAAGUAUCCUUACCGGGAAGCAGCCUAAAGCUAUGUCGACAUCGGCUAGAGAAAUGUUAAGUGCAAUAGGAAAACGUAUUCAACAUGUGAAAACUCAAUAUGCGAACAUAGUGAGACUAGGUAGAAAUGUUGGUUGUUAUUCACGAUAUUGUAACAUGAAGACGCCUGUAGGAAAAAUCACGACCACGACGCAAAGUUUGACGUCUACGUGUUAUUCGCCUAUAUGUCUUCAAAAAGCAAGAUUAAAACGUGAUCUUAUCACGUUACUGAGAAAAGCUAGCGCUUUAAAUAAUAAUCAAUCAACGACGAAUAUAUCGCUUGGUGCGCCUGUGGCACAAUUACCGCACAGUGCAUCAGGUAAGGAACCAAGCGAAGCAGCCAAAGAUGCGAUCAGGAAGGAUUUAGAAUCUGCAGUAGCAUCUGCAACUCACUGCACUGAAGAAACACCGGCUACUAAUGUAAUCAGAGAUUCACCUCCUAUGAAAAAGAUCAAAGUUGAACCUAAUACGAAUGAUGCAGAGCUAGUGACCACUACUACUACAACAACUACUACGACAUUAACUACAACACAGCAGACUAUAAAAACUACCGACGGUGUCGUACAAAGUGCACAAGAAAGUACAACAUCUAAAAAUUCAGUUACAGUUUCAUCCGAGGUUAAAACAAGCGCGGGACAGAAAACGAUGAUCGUUAAUAGAAGAGGUAGAACCGUGCAGAGGAGCACAAUGGUUAAAGAAUUGAAUGCCGAUGGCACAGAAAGGAUCUAUUCGGCUGUUUCAACAGAGGGGAAAAUCUACUUGAAAAAAGUCACAAUAUCUUUAGCAGAGAGAAAAAAGAAACGUACUCCGGUUAAAUAUCCCUUGUGUUCUACGUUUUGUACAAAAAAUAAGCAUCGUAGCAUAUUGUUACUUCCCCAACAUGAGUUACGUAAAUUGUCUAGAGUUGGCGGGCGAAUACCUGUCCAAGGUUUUCAUCAUAUAGCUAAGGCAAACUCGUCAGUAUGGCCAUACCCCUGUCCUAGACCCUUAUUUAAAACUUGCUGGUUAUACCGUACAGUUGGAAUAAAAUCAUUAGCUGCAGCAGCUCUCCAAUUAAGAAUAUUAUGGGGAUGUCUUCGAUGGGACGACAUGGCUGCAAAACCGUUAUCUACCGAUGGGAAACAUCAGAUCACAACCGAUACAGAAAUCAUGUCCUUGGAGAUUCUUAAACAUCGUCAUGUUGGUCAAUUUUUGGAUAAAACUCAAUAUUUACGACGAAAGGUUGUUAUACCUUUGGAACUUCCAAAACAAGUUAGAGAAGUGACAUCUAUAAGAAGUGGUUUGAGAAAAAGAAAACGGCCAGAAUCACCGCAAAGUACUGAGCCACAAGUUACAGAAGAAUGGGUUGAUGAAGAUAAAUUAGAACUGUGGGAAAUUAAACAGUACGGUGACAGGUUAGAGAAGGCUAAUGCCCAGAUUAUUACUAGGAGUAGAUCGGGUCUGCCACAGUCUGCAGUUGGUUCCAACAGAAAUACAGGAUCAAGUUCUGGCAUAAGCGACCAACUCGUUAGCGGCAAAGCAACGCCUGAAGAAAUUAAAGAAAAAAUGGAACAGCAGUUACGCAUGCAAAGAGCUGCCCAUCAACAAAAGAGGGCAUUAGAAACUUUGAAAAGUCCUGCCAACUCUGGUUCGCCUACGCAACUUGUUAAAGUUACUGCUAACUCUGGUCACGAUGGCACGGUUAAACUAGUUUCUAAAGUUGCUAUACCAGCAAAUCCAAACAGUGGGACAAAAUCACAAUUAACUUCCCUUUUGACGACCCCAACGCAAAACAAGACCUUUAUUGGUACAAGGCGUAUUUAUAUGGCAAAAUCCGCUGAUGGGACAACGAAGGUUGUUUCAGGACCUACAAGCAUUUUACCCAAAACUCAGUUACAAUCUGGAAAUCAGCAACAAUCUCUAAUCAAAGUUUCGGGUCAAACAGCACCUGUGCAGCAAAUUCAGCAGAAGGUACAGAUCUUAAGGGGACCGGAUGGAAAAUUACAAGUUCGCGGUUUGAUGCCUGGUCAACAAUUAGUCCAAAUGCCUGAUGGAAAACUCCAUGUAUUAAAUACUGCUCAAGCAAUCACGACGAGCCUUGCACAGAGUGGAACAACUUCAACUACACAAACGAAAGUGACUACGACAACUACCGCGACUAAAGUAGUCACAACAACUAAUGCUACGACUAAUAAAACAAGUCCAACUAAAGCAGCAGCAAAUUCAACGCAGCAAGUACAAACAGCUCAGUCGCAGGUACAACCUCAGCAAGCUGCACAAGGAGCACAACGUUCAACAACAACAACGACAACAACUGUACCUGUUGCAGCUGCUACACCAACUCCACCAGCUAAGAAUGCUAUCGUAGUAGCUAAUACAGGACAGAUCGUACAGGGUGCACAAGUCAUAUCCUCUGGUGGUCAAGUUAUUAGUGGAAACCAAAUAGUAGUUACUAAUGCAAAUUUAGCUCAGCAGCUUGCAACAGGCAAAGCUCAAUUAACGACAAUCGGUGGUCAUCAAGUGGUCAUUCGUAGUACACCGACGGGUAAUCAAAUUGUGCAUUUAAAUUCGGCAAAUAGUAGCAUUAUAGUGAAAAAUGCUGUAACGCCUAAUAAACAAGUUCCUGUAUUACAAUCGACUCCAGCAGCAACCACAGCAACAGGAACACCAUCGACAGAAACGACAAGUAACACUGUUACUAGCAAUACAUCGACAAACGUAACAUCAACAAGCGCAACAAAUCAAACCUCCACCACGCCGGCACCUGGAAGUGUCGAGGCAUCCUUGCUGGCUGGUCAACCACCUGGAACAGUUAUUAAAUGUGUUACUGCUCAAGUUAUUCAAACUACUCAAGGUCCCCGCAUAGUUUUACAAGGUUUACAGGGCGCAGAUUUUACUCCACAACAGCUUGCAAUGGUUCAACAGCAAGUUAAACAACAAUUGCUUAAAGCCCAAGCUACAACAGGAAAGCAAGGAGUUCUAGGGCCUACUAAAAUUUAUUUGGCUGUUCAACCUGCACCAAACAGUCAACAAGCAGUUCAAAGUUCUCAGAAUUCUACAACAGCAAAUACUCCCACUACAGCAACACCAAAACCACAAGUCACGCAACAACCAGCUGAUUCACCUCCGGCUGCAACCGAACCUCAAACAGGAACCGAAAGCAUUCCAGAGCUUCCAUCGACAACCCCAACCUCUGCUGAGAAACCAAAAGUAGUUGUUCAACAAGUUGCACAGCCUGGUGUAACUUCAGAAGAAGAGCCGCAAAAAACAAAUGUAGCUAACGGCCAACAACCUUUGCAGUCAUUGAAAGAAGGAAACGAUUCUUCAGCGAACAAAUUCAUUCUGACGCCUGAUUACAUACAACAAACUAUUAAAAAUGCUUUGAAGCAAGAAAAUCUAAACCCCGAAAUUGAAGAAAAGCUGCUACAACUACAACGAUAUCAAGAAAAACAGAUGAAAGGCGGUGUUGAAAAUUCGGUAGCUACUAAUCAGACUCACACUACAACAACGAUCACGACUCCGCGUUUACCAUCGCGAAAAAGACCGGCACCUUCGAACAUUCCAACAACAACCACGUCUACAAACGUACAGCCAUCGACAAACGAUAAAGAUAACGAAUGGGCAGAUACACCUAGGAAGAAACUCGCGCCAAAGCAAGAGCCUCGUGAAACACCAAAAAUACCAAAAAUUGAAUUAUCAGAAAAUGAAACAACGCCGCAAAAGCGAGCAGCAAAGUUAAAAGACAGUCAAGAACAACGAAGAAAACAGCAAGUGCAUUCCCGAAUGCAAGUUUUAUUAUUUAGACACAAAGAACUGCUUAAAAAGGAUAUUCUUAAGAAGAGAGCGUUGCUUGAAAAAGAAUUACAAAUAGACAUUCAGAAAGAUUUAUCAGCGGAGCUAGCAUCAAGAACAAAAGCAGAGAGACAUAAACAGGAUGAAGUGAAGGUGGGAAGUGCAAAACGUAAAGCAAAUGCUCAAGUGGCCCAACAAGUGAGUCCACCUAAUAGAGGUGGAAGGCCAAAGAAAUAUAAAGCAGAAGGAAAGAAUAGUACACCACCUGGUGCUUCUUCAACAGCUGCUACCCCGAAUAGAAUUAAAAAAGAGAAGCUAUAUUGUCUAUGUAGAACACCAUACGAUGAAACAAAGUUUUAUGUAGGAUGCGAUCUCUGUAAUAAUUGGUUCCACGGAGAUUGCGUUGGUAUUACAGAAGAAAUGUGUAAAACACUUUCAGAAUUUGUUUGUACAGAAUGCAGACAUGCUAGAGAUACGCAGGAAUUAUAUUGUUUAUGUAAACAACCCUAUGACGAAUCUCAGUUUUAUAUUUGCUGCGAUAAAUGUCAAGACUGGUUCCAUGGUCGCUGCGUAGGUAUCCUUCAGUCGGAAGCAGACAAUAUCGACGAAUAUGUUUGUCCAAAUUGUCAACGAAACUCCUCCGUUAAUUUUGCUAAUAUGAAAAAUCUGAAUGCAAAGGACCUUGAUUUGCUAAAGAAAUUAAUUAAGCAAAUACAGGCACAUAAGAGUGCUUGGCCAUUCAUGGAACCGGUAGAUCCAAACGAAGCACCAGAUUAUUAUAAAGUUAUAAAAGAGCCAAUGGAUCUACAGACAAUAGAAUUGAGAAUAAACGAUAAAUCUUACAAAAAGUUAAGUGAAUUUAUUGGGGAUAUGACAAAGAUAUUUGACAAUUGCCGCUAUUAUAAUCCGAGGGAAUCACCUUUCUUUAAGUGCGCAGAAUCUUUAGAAACAUAUUUUGUUCACAAGAUAAAGAGUUUGAGAGAAAAGUUCUCUGAAGGAAAGUAAGCAAUCAAAAAAAAAAAAGAAAAAACAAAGGAACUGUAACUAUAAAUAAGUGAAAGUGCGAAGUAUCAGCAAUUAAUUUAUGCGGUGUAACUACAGAAUUGAUCUGUGCCAGUAAAUGUUGAAAACAGA